GGCGGGGCGGGGGCGUGGUGAUGAAGUGCUCAGGCGCAGGACCGGAGGCAGGCGCGUGAGCGACCCUGAGAACCGGAAGUGAACGCGUUUGUGGUGAGCCGUGAGUGCUCAGGAUCUCGAAGCCCGGAAUGAACUUGCACCCAACCUAGAGGGCCCUGCAGGAGCCAUGAGGUGGCCUCUAUAUCACUGAGUGAUCCAGUGUGCUGGCCCCGUGCUCUGUCACUGCUUGUCGUGGUCCUGCACCAUCGGUGAGGAUGCCAGCUCUUUGACGAGAAGAAGGUCCUCUAGUGCAGGCACGGCCUCUCACUCACUGCAGGAGGUGGGAAAUGGACAAGACCGUUUGGUCGCAGUGACUGGAACAGUGCCCCUUGUUGGUGUUCACCCCACCAUGCCUCCUCCCAGGACAAGGGACAGCAGGCAUCAUGACAGGGACCACCGAGACCGCAGCCACCGGGCUGCCAGAGAGGAGGAGGAGGAGGCCCGGGAGAGGUGGGACUGGAACCGUCCAGAGACCCGCCGGCUCUUCGAGGAGGCCUUCUUCCGGGAGGAGGACUCUAUCCGCCAGAGUUCUGAGGAGCGCCACAAGUUUUGGGCCUUCUUUGAACGCUUGCAGAGGUUCCAGAAUAUCAAGGCCAGCCGGAAGGAGGAGGAGGAGGAGAAAGGGCCUGGGCUGGCCAAGCCCCCCAUCCCGGCCCUGGCUGACCUGCCUCGCACUUAUGACCCGCGGUACCGCAUCAACCUCUCGGUCCUCGGCCCCGAUGUGUGGGGCUCCCGGGGGUCCGACAGGCCUGAUAGACGCCUGCCCCCAGACAAGGUGGCCGAGUUCCGCAAGGCCCUGCUGCACUUCUUAGACUUCGGGCAGAAGCAGGCGUUCGGGCGGCUGGCCAAGCUGCAGCGUGAGCGGGCGGCGCUGCCCAUUGCUCAGUAUGGCCACCGCAUCCUGCAGACCCUGAGGGAGCACCAGGUGGUGGUGGUGGCCGGUGACACGGGCUGCGGCAAGUCCACGCAGGUGCCCCAGUACCUGCUGGCCGCCGGCUUCAGCCACGUGGCCUGUACACAGCCCCGCCGCAUCGCCUGCAUCUCGCUGGCCAAGCGCGUCAGCUUCGAGAGCCUCAGUCAGUACGGCUCGCGGGUCGGCUACCAGAUCCGCUUUGAGAGCACGCGCUCAGCCGCCACCAAGAUCGUGUUCUUGACUGUGGGGCUGCUGCUGCGGCAGAUCCAGCGGGAGCCCGGGCUGCCCCAGUACCAGGUCCUGAUCGUGGACGAGGUCCACGAGCGCCACCUGCACAAUGACUUCCUGCUGGGUGUCCUCCGCCGCCUACUGCCCGCCAGGCCCGACCUCAAGGUCAUCCUCAUGUCGGCCACCAUCAACAUCUCGCUCUUCUCCAGCUACUUCAGCGGCGCCCCGGUGGUGCAGGUGCCCGGAAGGCUCUUCCCCAUCACGGUCGUGUACCAGCCGCAGGAGGCCGAGUCCCUGGCUGCAGCAUCCAAGUCAGAGAAGCUGGACCCGCGGCCCUUCCUGCGGGUGCUGGAGGCUAUCGACCACAAGUACCCUCCCGAGGAGCGGGGUGACCUGCUGGUCUUCCUCAGCGGCAUGGCGGAGAUCGGCGCCGUGUUGGAGGCCGCCCAGGCCUACGCUGCGCACACCCAGCGCUGGGUGGUGCUGCCUCUGCACAGCGCACUCUCAGUGGCCGACCAGGACAAGGUGUUCGAUGUGGCACCCCCUGGUGUCCGGAAAUGCAUCCUCUCCACCAACAUCGCGGAGACCUCGGUCACUAUUGACGGCAUCCGCUUUGUAGUGGAUUCUGGGAAGGUGAAGGAGAUGAGCUACGACCCCCAGGCCAAACUUCAGCGGCUGCAGGAAUUCUGGAUCAGCCAGGCCAGCGCCGAGCAGCGCAAGGGCCGGGCAGGGCGCACGGGGCCCGGCGUCUGCUUUCGCCUCUACGCAGAAUCUGACUACGAUGCCUUCGCGCCCUACCCCGUCCCGGAGAUCCGGAGGGUGGCCCUGGACGCCUUGGUGCUGCAGAUGAAGAGCAUGAGCGUGGGGGACCCCCGGACCUUCCCCUUCAUCGAGCCCCCGCCGCCAGCCAGCCUGGAGACUGCCAUCCUGUACCUGCAGGACCAGGGUGCCCUGGAUGGCUCGGAGGCCCUCACCCCUAUAGGGUCCCUGCUGGCCCAGCUGCCUGUGGACGUGGUCAUUGGUAAGAUGCUGAUUCUGGGCUGCGUGUUCCGCCUGGCCGAGCCGGUGCUCACGGUGGCUGCCGCCCUCAGCGUGCAGUCGCCCUUCACGCGCAGCGCCCAGGGCAGCCCCGAGUGCGCUGCGGCCCGCCGGCCCCUGGAGAGCGACCAGGGUGAUCCCUUCACUCUCUUCAACGUCUUCAACGCCUGGGUACAGGUGAAAUCUGAGCGCAGUAGCAACUCUCGAAAGUGGUGCCGCCGACGGGGCAUAGAGGAGCACCGGCUGUAUGAGAUGGCCAACCUGCGGCGCCAGUUCAAGGAGCUGCUGGAGGACCAUGGGCUGCUGGCUGGGGUGCAGGCCGCGACGCCAAGGGACAGCCACAGCCGGCUGCAGCAGCGGCGGGAGCGCCAGGCCCUGUACCAGCUCAAGAGGCAGCACGAGGAGGCCGGGGGACGUCGGCGUAAGGUUCUGCGGCUUCAGGGCGAGGCGGAUGGCGGCUCCAGUGAUGAGGACGCAGAGGGUACUGCCACCCGGGAGGCUGGCGACAGUGUGGACAUCCAGGAUGUGAAGUUCAAGCUCCGGCACAACCUGGAGCAGCUGCAGGCGGCCGCCAGCUCAGCCCAGGACCUGACCCGGGACCAGCUAUCCCUGCUCAAGCUGGUGCUGGGCCGAGGCCUGUACCCACAGCUGGCCAUCCCAGAUCCCUUCAACAGCGGCCGCAAGGACUCCGACCAGAUCUUCCACACUCAGGCCAAGCAGGGCGCCGUGGUGCACCCCACCUGCGUCUUCGCCAACAGCCCUGAGGUGCUGCACGUGCAGGAGCCGGAGGCCAGGGACAAAGAGGGCAGCAGAGAUGACAAGGACAAGAUGAGCAGCAAGCACCAGCUCCUCACCUUUGUGUCCUUGCUGGAGACCAACAAGCCAUACCUGGUCAACUGCGUCCGCAUCCCCGCGCUGCAGUCCCUCCUGCUGUUCAGCCGCUCCCUGGACACCAACGGCGACUGCUCCCGCCUGGUGGCUGAUGGCUGGCUGCAGCUGCAGCUGGUGGACAGUGAGAGUGCUGUGAGGCUGCUGGCGGCAGCCCUGCGGCUUCGGGCCCGCUGGGAGAAUGCCCUGGACCGGCAGCUGGCCCGCCAGGCCUGGCGGAGGCGGGACCACCGGGAUGAGGAGGAGGAGGAGGAGGUGGCAGAGUCCCUAGCCCACUGCAAGGAUGUGGUGGCCUUGAGCGGGGAGCUGCUGCAGUUUAUGGCCUCCAAGGUUUCCUACAGCCUCCGGCGGCUCACAGGGCUGGAAACCCAGAACCUAUACGUGGGACCUCAGACCAUCACAACGGCCCCCAGUCUCCCUGGCCUCUUUGGCAGCUCUUCCCUGAGCCCACACCCCACCAAAGGGGGCUACAUCGUCACUGACUUCCUCACCUACAACUGCCUCACGAGCGACUCAGAUCUGUAUAGCGACUGCCUUCGCACCUUCUGGACCUGCCCCCACUGUGGCCUGCACAUGCCCUUCACGCCCCUGGAGCGCAUGGCCCAUGAGAACACCUGCCCCGAGGCCCCACCUGAUGGCCCCCCAGGAGCUGAGGAUGCCACCCCUGAGGUCCCCCAGAAGACAUCCGCCCUGCAGAGGCCCUACCACUGUGAGGCCUGUGGGAAGGACUUCAUCUUCACGCCCACGGAGCUGCUGCGACACCGGAGGCAGCACAUGUAAGCCCAGCACAGGGCUGCCUGCCAGAGGUCUGUGUGGUCCAGCCCAGUGGACAUGUGAAUAAAGUCUCACUUCCUGACCUGA